AUGAGAUCAUCAUCAUCUCUUUUGAAACAAGUUAAAAACACAAAUAGUUUUAGAGGAUACUCAACUCUUAGACCAUUGACUACAGUCAGACCAAAUGGAGUAAAGCCAUCGCAAACUUCAUCUUUAUAUAAAGCCAAUGUAUCAAACAUGUUUGGUCAAAGCAACAAUGCUUCACCACUCUUUGCUCAAACCCAAUUGAUUCAAAAGCGUACUUACACUACUGCUGAAGGAGAUGUUGUUAAAGUACCAACUAUGGGUGAUUCAAUCUCUGAAGGUACCAUUGUUAGCUGGACCAAGAAGGUUGGAGAUUCAGUAAAGGUUGACGAUGUCGUUUGUAGUAUUGAAACCGAUAAGGUUACCAUCGAUAUCAAUGCCCAAGACAGUGGUGUCAUUACAGAGUGUUUCGCCAAGGAGAGUGAGACCGUUUUGGUUGGAAACCCAUUAUAUAGAAUUAAGAAGGGUGCCGUCGCUGCUGAAGCACCAAAGGCUGCUGCACCAAAGGCUGCCGAGGCACCAAAGGCCGCUGAAGCACCAAAGCCAGCUGCACCAGCACCAAAGCCAGUCGAGACACCAAAGCCAGUCGCCGCUGAACCACCAAAGACCACCACCACCACCGCUGCUGGUGCCGCUGCCAUCCCAGGAGAACGUAGAGUAGCAAUGACUCGUAUCAGACAGAGAACCGCUCAACGUUUGAAGGAUUCACAAAACACCGCUGCCAUGUUGACCACUUUCAACGAGGUCGAUAUGUCUGCUCUCAUGGAGAUGCGUAACAAGUACAAAGACGAUUUCUUUGAGAAGCACGGUGUCAAGCUCGGAUUCAUGAGUGCCUUUGUCAAGGCUGCUACUGUUGCCCUCAAGGACCAACCGGUCGUCAACGCCUCCAUCGAGGACACCGACAUUGUCUACCACGACGCCAUCAACAUCAACGUCGCCGUCGCCGCACCAAAAGGUUUGCAAGUCCCAGUCGUCAAGAACUGCCAAGACAUGGGAUUCGCCGACAUUGAAAAGGAGAUCGGUCGUCUCUCUGGUCUCGCCAGAAACAACCAAUUGGCCAUCGAAGAUUCAAUGGGUGGAACUUUCACAAUCUCCAAUGGAGGUGUCUACGGAUCGAUGUUUGGUACCCCAAUCAUCAAUCCACCACAAUCCGCUAUUUUAGGUAUGCACGCUGUCAAGGACCGUGCCGUCGUUGUAAAUGGACAAGUCGUCGUCAGACCAAUCAUGUACUUGGCACUCACCUACGAUCACAGAAUCAUCGAUGGUCGUGAAGCUGUCACCUUCCUCAAGAAAAUCAAGGAUGUUAUCGAAGAUCCAAAGAGAAUCUUGUUGGACCUCUAA